AUGGCCAUAUCAAACGGUUCGACGGACCGAGAGCCUCUGCUUCAACGCUCGACAUCUCCCACCCUAUCUGCAAGAUACGCCAAGAAUGACGAGCUAUACAUCUCAACAUCUCGGGGUGCUUUCAUCGUCGCAUCCGUCGGCCUCCUGAUCUUUCUUCAAGCUACAAAUAUCUCUAUCCUUACAACGACACAGUCGUCUAUUGCUGCAGAUCUCGAUGCUUUCGAGAAUGCGAGCUGGUUCACUUCCUCCUAUCUGAUCGCCAUGUCAUCUCUGGCACCUCUCAUGGGAAGACUGUGCCAAGUCUUCAGCCCCCGACUAUGCAUGUUCUGUUCUACAAUGGCGAUCUGUAUCGGAUCCAUCAUCACAUCUACAUCCAUGUCAUUUGAACAUUUCAUCUUGGGCCGUGUCAUUACUGGAGCGGGUGGCGGAGGCAUCUUCAUCGUUGCCAGCAUUAUGGCAAUCCAAAUGACCAGUCCAAGGCGACGGGGUUUAUACAUGGGCCUUGCUAAUACUGCAAUGACGGUCGGAGUUUCCCUUGGUGCGGUCAUUGCAGGUGCACUUGAACCCCGAAUCGGAUGGAAACCACUGUUUGGCAUCCAAGCACCCUUGAGUUUCAUUGCAGGCCUUUGUCUGCUAUUCUCGAUACCAGCAAGCCAUACUUCCAACAACGCCAAAUAUACUGGUCUCUCAAUACGCGAAAAACUUGCUCGUAUUGAUUACUCCGGGGCCGUACUACUGACCACCACCGUUGUCCUCUUCCUCUUGGGGUUAUCUGGGCCAAAGAUACUCCCAACACCCCUAAUUCUGUCAGCAUUCGCUCUUCCCGUAUUUGUGCUUAAUGAAGCCUAUGUUGCCAGCGACCCCGUCAUUCCAGUCUCUGUUCUGCGAUCCCGAGGAACUCUUUUGACCUGCCUUGCAACGACCGGCUUCAUGAUGGCUCGGUGGAGCAUCCUCUUUUACACACCAGUAUAUUCUCUUGCUGUUCGAGGCUGGGCACCUGCGGUGGCCGGGUCGAUUCUUAUCCCAACAAAUGCUGGUUUCGCUUCUGGUGGUCUGCUUGCAGGGGUUUUCCACAUCAAGAGAACAGGAAGCUUCUAUCUUCACACAAUAGUCGCUAUGGCCUUGUUCCCCAUUACCAUGGCUGUCCUUGCAUUCAUAUCAACACCAAGCAGUCCAUGGGCUUUGUAUGUGACUGUGGUUUUCAUUAAUGGCCUUGCCACAGGAGCUGCGACAAAUUAUGCGCUUGUCCAUCUUCUUCACCUCACGCUUCCAGAAGUUCAUCCGAUUGUCAUCUCUCUCCUUGCAACUUUCCGCGGCUUUUCGGGUUCGUUUGGCUCGGCAAUUGGCGGUGGAUACUUUGUUCGUGUGCUGCACAAGUCUUUGAACAAGGGUUUCGCGCGCGCCGGACUCAAGAAUCGCGGUGAGCUGACGAGGAGGCUUCUGGGAAGCCCAGCACUGGUAGGCAAGCUGGACGGCAAAGACAAAGCUGUUGCCGUUGGAGCAUAUACGGAUGCCAUCAAGGCCCUGUUCUUGUGUGCUGUAGGGCUGUCUGUCAUCGUGGUGCUCGUACAGGCUGGCACUGGCUGGAAGGAACCAGAGAAAUCCGAGGAACAAAGAGAGGAUGAAGGAGCUCAAGUCGAAGACAACGUACCUACUGGUGCUUGA